AUGCCCAAGUACGUCCUGACCGGUGUCCCUGGAAACAUUGUGUUUACCAUUUCCGAUCUCAAAACGCUCCCCGACCAUAUCAUCGAAUUAUGGAAAGCCAAAGGGGUUGAGGCGGCCCAAACCACAUACGACGACGUGAGCAGCCUCGAGCAGGCUUUUGAAGGCGCAGAAGCCGUGAACCUGACAUCGACUUGGGCCUUUGGCCGUCGAUAUGAGCAAGCCGAAACGUGA